AUGAAUGCUCCUGCAGCAUUUGAAUCAUUUCUUGUAUUCGACGGAGAGAAAAAAAUAGUUGUUGAAAAAGAUACCAAAGUACCUAACGCAGCGGUAUUUACUGUAAAUAAAGAAGACCACACUGUUGGCAAUCUUCUUAAGAAUCAGUUAUUGAAAGAUCCCCAAGUGCUAUUUGCUGGUUACAAGUGUCCACAUCCAUUAGAGCACAAAUUUGUUCUGCGAGUACAAACAACGUCGGACACAACUCCGGCGGAUGCCCUUACUAGCGCUAUCACAGAUUUGAUGGCCGAAUUGUCAUUGUUUGAAGAACGAUUUCGAUUACAAAAUCGUUAUUUAAUUCCAAGUAUUUCACCAUCCUCUACUGUAUUUCGUGUCAAACGAAAGCGAAUUGCGGAUCCACAUGAAGCUUUAAUUAUUUCAUUAAAACGCUCAAGAAAAGUGCUUGAAGAGCCAAUAAUAUGUUUUCGAGCUUCGUCAUCAGAUUUAAACGUUUGUUUAUGUGCUGGUCACUUUCAGGAAUCACCACAGUGUAAUAUUAUUGACGUUGAUCCGAGUCUCAGUGAUGUGGACGUUAUGAGUUUAGAUUCACAGAAUGGUAAAGAAACAGGACGUAAUAUUGAUGAUGAUUCUAACAGUUUUCUAGAUUUGAUGAAAGAUGCACCAUGUUCUACUGCGUCUAGUGAACAAGGGUUUUCUCAGAAUUCAAGAGAAGCCCAAGUUUCCAAGAUAACGCUAAAUGGAGUCCCAAUGAAUGUAAUAAAUGUUGACUCUGGCGAAGACUUUACUUUCGAUUAUUAUUGGAGUUCCAAGGCAGAUGGUUGCGUGGCUAAUGAAAUAAAAAAUGUCCGUAUAGCAAACAGGGAAGACUUGUUGAUGGAUUAUAGUGAGCUGUAUGACAGUGACGAAGAUGAUGAUGAUGAUUCGAAUGAUGAAUUUAAUUGGCGUAAUGAUUAUCCUGAUGAACCUGAGGUUGAUUCCGAUAUAGAUGAUUUCAAAGAUUUAUACAGUGAUGGGGACGAGUUCACAGGAUACCUGGAGAAGCUACACUUUUACGAUAGCAGAUAUAGUGAGGACGAGAGUCCUUGA